AUGGAGAUGAACGUCGGCUUGCGGGAUCUGCCGAACACCGACGAAGGCCAAAGCUCCUCUCCACUGACUCCAAAACUGGACGGCGCCUUGACCGAAAGGCCGACUUCACCCUCUCGUACUCGCACGAAACGUCUGACCUUGCCGCUCUCUACGCCCGCUUACCGCCUCGGAACUCCCAGUCAUGUGUCGGACGCUUUCACUAAGACGACUGCCCUCUUCAGCGGCAUUGAGGCUAAGCCUGCGGAUGGCGACAAGUCGGAGGUAGAAUACCAGAUCAGCAUAUGGAUGGGCGCAAGCCUGCGGAAGAAGGCAGAGCUUGCUCGGAUGGCUGGCCUGUCGGACAUCACGUCGGCACUCAUCGAGCCCGCCUUCGUGGUGGUAGGCCAUGAGUGGUACUUCUACCUCGUGUAUCUGCAACCCACUGGCGCGGUUCAUGUGCUUGAACACGGCUCCUGCUCAACCAACAGCGUUUCAGGGGUGUUCAAGAUCCUUAGGGUAUUGAGGAAUGUGAUCGAGUAUGGGCUGGAGGGUUUCGAAAGGGGGACCGGAAGCGAAGGUUGGAUACUGGGGUGGCUUCUUGGGACCGGUGCUCGAGAAUGCAAGUGCUGCGACCCCUGGAGACGAGGUCACAUGGAUAGGAAGUACCGCGGCGUCGCAUGUUACUAUUUGACGAUAGGUGCGGAGCCGGGCUUGACUACUUGCAUGAACCGUGGAGAACAAUACAUCUUGUAUUAAGAGUCGUGCG